UUGUUCGUUGUCUUCUUCCCAACGGCAAAGAAACCAACGACUCCAAUUGCGCAAAGCUUGAUAUAUAGAGCCCAAUAAAACUGCAUUCGCCGUGCUGUUUGUUUGAUAAUCACGUCUCUUCGAUCUUCGCCUGCACCGAAGGUGGAAGGAGCUUUGUUUAGUGGCAACAGCUGAUCGAUGCUCGAAGAAGUUGCCAAGAUUGGAAAAGAGAGAAAGAUUUACAGUGGAAUGGGGUCUAGGGUUUUCUCGGUUCCAGAACUUCCAAAUCUUAUCGUUGGGUUGCAGGUGCCUCUGCAAGAGUUGAAGACGGAGCUACUUAGACAAGGUGUAAAGGUGGUUGGAAUAUGUGCUCCUGGUGGAUGUGGCAAGACAACCUUGGCCGCGAUGCUUUGCCAAGACGACCAAGUCCGACGCUUUUUCAAAGAUCACAUCUACUUUUCAAGUAUUUCAAGCUCACCCAACUUGAAGGUGACCAUGCAGAGGUUAUUUGAAAUGGUUAAUGGGUUUCCAUCCCCCGAGUUCCAAGAUGAAGAUGAUGCAUAUGAUGUUUGGUCCGAACCAGUCCUUCAGAAGCUUCUCUUCAGAAGAUUAGAUGAAUAUAAGAUGUUGGUCACGUCAAGAACUGCAUUCCAAUCGUUUGAUUCUGUGUAUCAUCUGAAAACUUUGAGAAACAUAGAUGCCGUGACUCUCUUUUACCUUCACUCCGCGUUCCUGCAAGGCGAAUAUGGCAACAAUGACCAACCACCUGCUGAACUGCUCGAAAAGGUGCUAUGUUCAUCUGCCAUCUACGUGGAUGCAUCACAUAUGAAUACUAUAAUGUUUGUCUGA